AUGACGAAGAAUAACUUGGCCACUCAUCUCAAAUGGCUGCUCGCCCGAGGCCCCUCCUUGUACCCUUCGCUGACCGCCGACUCGACUGAACGCGACAAUCGCGCCCCUCAACAACCCACUCCGCCAGUAGACAACCUCGACUUAAUUGUCAAAGUGCUUGAUGAUGGCGAAGACGUGAAAGAUGACACAAUGGCAAAACUGCUACUUGCACCUCAGUCGGCGAGCAAGCCUCGCAUGCUCAGCCGCCCCGACACGCUCCCCGAGAAGACGCCGUUGACUUCGAAGAAACGGUUUCCGGUAAUACAGUCAAGCGUGGUUCGAGAAUCUCACCAUGAACCCCCAUCCUCAUCCUAUAAGAAUUCUCGGACAAAGGCGACGCCGCGUCGGCCCGAUGACCGUUUUGAUACCUCCCCACUAGGCCCCGUUGAAUCCAUUGAUUUGACGGGCGAUCUCGAUCGGUCAAUUCCGUCCUCGGGGACUCUUGAGUUUGGAGAGCCACGUCGAUUAUGGACCGAGGAUGAUGCGUCGCGCGGUAGGGCGCGUGAGAAACGGGGAAAGAAACGGAAGAGUGACGGGUAUACAUCAGAUCUUCUCUCCCCGUCUAAGCAUGCCACCAAAGUCCGAACACCCUCGAAAGCCACCAAGCCUUCGACAUCUGGAGACACAGUCUGGGCCAAUGCUCGCUCUUCAGUGGCACGUGGUGCUAGCCAAGGGAAUUCCUCAAGCGCAGUGAAACGGCUCGACCGAGAUUCGCCUGUUCCCCCGCGGUCCCAGCGGAAGCAGGUGAUUGCUGACUCCGACGAUGAAGAUCCAUUUGAAAACUGGGUUGAGGAUGACCCCGUUGAUGACAUGAUGCUGGAUGCAGAUCCGGGAUUGUACCCAAAACUGCCCGAAGUGAGCCCAGCAGGGAACGAAAAGACUCCGUUGCCACUUUCUCGACCACCAAUUGAUAAAGAGAAGGAAGCAGUAACCAAAGAUCCAGCUCCUGCUCAGCUGUCCCCAUGGCCAAAAUCAUCAAGUUCACAAGAGAAGGACCCGGAUCUCGUCCGUUUCUUGGCCCUUGCCCAUAACUUUCUUCAGCAGUCGAUUUCACAGUUGAAGGCUACGCUGCAAAAGAAUGCGGAGGUUGUAUAUCAACAAGCAAUGGAGGGUCGACCGGCGCCAGAGCUGAUUGCCGAAAACAAACAUCUUGUCUCUCAGAUCCAAGUCAUCGAAGUGCUGCAAACUCAUCGAGAUGCGCAUAAAGAUCGUGUGUCUCGCAAGGAAAGUCUGAAGCAGAACUUGAUGCGUGUCAUAUCACAGGGUCUUGAUCCAACAACCAUGCCAGAAGAGCUUGCGCAAAGUCGAGCUGUUGAGACUGAAUUAGAGCAGAUUGAAGCAAAGAUCUGUCGACUUCUUCCUGAAGCUAAGAUCCUUAAUUUCGCACAGACUUCAAAGCCUGAGUGCUCUGCUUCCCCGGUGCAGACCCGCUACCCAGAGACUUUUUGUGCCACGCAGCCUGGAAAAGCCUUUGGGGAUAUUGCCGCUACGAGAGCCUCACCACCCGCCUUCCCAUCACAAGCAUCUUUCAAAAAAGAAGCCCGCGAAGACCGAUCACGUUUCUCGAGCCCCAAGAAAGCAAAAGAGUGUAACAGCUCCAGGAUAUUCGAUCAGGACAACCGGACUCGCCAUGACGGGGAAAAUUGCAUCUCUCGAAACAUGGGAUCCCCGCCGCUUGCGGCGAUGGACCUUGAUGAAUUUGAUUGGGGUGACAGCGACGAUGAAAUGCUCGAGGUAGCCGGCAGCUUUGAUGAGCAUCAGACGCCGGUUCGUGAGCAAGCUCCUCAAAGCCGCAAGGUUUUUGCCGAGACCUCUGGCAAUACACCCAAAAUUCCAGCCCCGAAGAAGUCACCUGGCCGCAGCAACUUUUGGUCGAACCACCCAUGGUCUCAGGAGGUGAGGACAGUUUUGAAGGAUCGAUUCCAUCUGCGUGGAUUCCGUUCAAAUCAGCUCGAAGCCAUUGACGCUACCCUUGGCGGGAAAGAUACUUUCAUCUUGAUGCCGACUGGAGGUGGAAAGUCGUUGUGCUAUCAAUUGCCCUCUGUUGUGACUAGCGGUCGUACGCAGGGAGUGACUAUUGUGAUCUCCCCGCUGCUCAGCUUAAUGCAGGAUCAAGUGGCCCACUUGCGCAAGUUGGACAUUGAAGCAUUCUUGAUCAACGGUGAAACCGACAAGAAUGAGCGCUCAUGGAUUCUCAGUCAGCUAUCCAUUGCCGGCGGGGAGGGCCUGGACCUGCUAUACAUCACACCGGAGAUGAUCAAUAAGAACCAAACUCUCGUCCGAGCCCUGGAGAAGCUACACCGACGAAACAAGCUGGCACGCCUGGUCAUUGACGAGGCGCACUGCGUCAGUCAAUGGGGACACGACUUCCGUCCCGAUUACAAAGAACUGGGAGAAGUCCGCGCCAAGUUGCCUGGCGUACCGGUCAUGGCUUUGACAGCCACUGCCACGGAAAAUGUGAAAGUGGAUGUGAUGCACAACCUCAAGAUGCGUGGGUGUGAGGUGUUUUUGCAGAGUUUCAACAGGCCAAAUUUGACAUACGAGGUGCGGGCCAAGGGCAAGAAUGACGAGGUCCUGGCCAGCAUUGCCGAAACUAUCACGUCUUCCUAUCGGAACCAGUGUGGAAUUGUGUAUUGUUUGUCGCGCAAGACGUGUGAGAAAGUUGCUGAGGAUCUUCGCAAAAAGUACAACCUCAAGGCCGAACAUUAUCAUGCAGGCAUGAAGUCCGAGGCCAAAACCAAAGUGCAAAGCCAGUGGCAGGCGGGUCGGUGUCACGUUAUUGUGGCUACCAUUGCUUUUGGAAUGGGAAUCGACAAGCCCGAUGUUCGAUUCGUCGUACAUCACAGUAUUCCGAAGAGUCUCGAAGGCUACUAUCAGGAGACAGGACGCGCUGGGCGAGAUGGCAAACGCUCUGGUUGCUAUCUUUACUAUGGCUACAAAGACACAGCAACCCUCAAACGUAUGAUCGACGAAGGAGAUGGCAGUGGCGAGCAAAAAGCGCGUCAGAAACAGAUGCUUCGAAAUGUCGUCCAAUUCUGCGAGAACCGCAGCGACUGCAGGCGCGUGCAAAUCCUUGCUUAUUUCAACGAAUACUUCCGUCGAGAAGACUGCAACAACUGUUGUGACAAUUGCAGGUCUGAUUUGGUGUUUGAAGUCCAUGACUUUUCUCAGCACGCAUCCUGGGCCAUCAAGAUCGUGCGGCACUUCCAGAACGAAUUGAAUGAUAAGGUGACCGUGCUCUACUGUGUCGAUCUCCUUCGCGGAGACCUGAAAAGGGCCAAAUCAGCCACACACAAGCAAAUCCCGUGGUAUGGAAAGGGAUCCUCUUUGGAGCGUGGGGAAGCCGAACGGCUGUUUUACCGAUUACUGGGCGAAGACGCGCUGGCCGAGGACAAUGUCAUCAACGGGAAAGACUUUGCCGUUCAGUAUAUCAAACUUGGACGGCGUGCCGUUGAAUUUGAGACUGGCCAGCGCUCCAUGAAACUGCAAGUGCGCGUGUCUCCAAACGGCAAGAUUCAGGCCUCACGACCCGCGCGGAAAUCGAAAACCAGCAGCCAGGGCCCCCAGUCCACUAUGGUCUCUUCUCCCAUUCAAUCUGCCAAUGACCGCCGCCAAGCGCGCGCACAGCUGCCCAGUGCCAGGGCCAGUCACUCUUCUGCUGAUGAGGACAGCGAUGGCUUUGAACGGAUUCGAGUUGCCGGAAAGCCGCAGCGGCAGAACAUGAACCAAAUGGGGCCUCCGAUCACCACCGACCAAAAGUUGGACCGACUCGAUCAUCUGCACCGUGCGGUUGUGGAGGACUUUGAAGUGACGGCCAAACGCUAUCUCCAAGAUAUUGUUGUGGAGAAGGGUCUUCGUUGCCAGCCAUUCCCGGAUCACAUUUUGCGCGACAUGGCCAUUUCGUUCCCAAGAGAUCUUUCGGCACUGUCUGCCAUCCCAGGGAUUGAUCAAGACAAAGUCAAACGCUAUGGCCGUCAGAUAUUACGGCUGGUGGAUAAUGCCAGGCGGCGCUAUGAGGAACUGAAGCAAGACGCAGAAACCAACGGCAUUGUUCCGGAUCCCAACCACCACAACGUCAUCAACCUCAGCAGCAGCGAUGAGUAUAGUGAAGACGACGAUCUGUUCGCAGACCAGGCCUCCACACUCGAUCUGGACAAUCCCGUGAGCACUGUCCCCGGCAAUAUCACCAGUCGCUACUUUCCUCCACCUCCGUCCCCCGGAUACAACUCUGCCGAUGACUUCGAGUCUGGCCCAGCUGGUUCCACCGCGAAAUCUCGCAAGCGUGCAUCCAGCAAGCGGCCACGACGAAAGAAUGGCUCGAUGGGCAGCUGGAAAGGCAAAGGCGCGCGAUCCAAAGCCAAGACGGGCGAUCGUCCCCCCAGCCGGUCUUCGGGGACACGAAAGAAUUCAAAAUCCAAAACCACCAAGUCCUCGAUUGGUAUGAUGCCGGUCUGA